AUGAAGCGCGAGGACUCCUCUCCUUCCCCUGCUUCUGGCGAGGGACAGCAGCAGCAGCAGCAGCAGCAGGUGUCUCCUGAGGACCAGGAGUUAAAGGCUCAGCGAGAAGCGAGAAAGAAGGCGAAGGAAGCAGAGAAGGCAGCAAAAGAAGCAGCAAAACUCAACAGGAAGAAGGCGAUGGAGGAGGCGCGAGCAGCACAAAAUGUUGUUGCUGAGGACUGGGAGAGCAGCAGCUUCGGUUAUUUCCCUCUGAUGAACAGCAGCAGCAGCAAAAGGAGACAGUUUGUUGCAGUAGGGCAGCUAAAAGAGAAGGAAGGGUCUCUAGCAUUUGCAGUAUUACGAGAAGGUCUGGAGACAGCACAGAUAGUUUUUUCUUCUUCUUUACCUCGGCCUUUAUUGAAGUGGCUGGAGGGGGUCCCAGUAGAGUCUUUAAUAGAUGUCUUUGGUGUUGUUGCUGCUGCUGCUGCACCUUUAGUAGGGGUCUCGCAGCAGCAUGAGCUGCAUGCAGAGAAGGUUUUCUGCGUUGUCCGCGCCCCUCCUGAGCUUCCCUUCAGGAUUAGAGAUGCGAUGCAACCAGAUAAUGAUAAUGAAGCACAAGGACAGAUUCGCGUUCAUUUGGAUACGCGUUUGGAGCAUCGUUGGUUGGAUCUGCGAGUUGCGGGGACGUUUGCUGUUGCAUGCGCAGUAUCUGAGGUGUCUAGGCACCUCAGAGAUUAUCUUCUUCAUGAGAAAUGCAUUGAGAUUCAUACACCUAAAAUCCUCGGAGGUGCUUCUGAAGGCGGGGCUUUCUGCUUUGAACUCAACUACUUCAACCAACCUGCAUGUCUUGCUCAAAGCCCGCAGCUCUACAAACAAAUGUGCAUAGCAGGGGAUAUGAAACGCGUAUUCGAAAUCGGUCCAGUGUUUCGUGCGGAGAACAGCAACACGCACCGUCAUUUAUGCGAAUUUGUUGGGGUAGACUUAGAGAUGGAAAUCAAAGAAACUUAUAUAGAGGCUGUUGAUCUUAUUGAUAAUAUGUUCAAGUAUCUUUUCAAGAAGCUCGAGACUGACUUCACGAAGGAGUCUGCUAUUAUUCGCGCUCAGCACGACGUGCCUCCGUUUGAAUUUUUAGAGGAGACACCUCGUUUGACUUUUGCUGAGGGGGUGGCGAUGCUGCGUGAAGCUGGGAUCGGUUUGGAGACGAUCCCAGAGGACAUCUCGAACUUUGAUCUUUCAACUGAAUUAGAGAAAGCUCUAGGGGCUCUUGUCAAAAAGAAAUAUAACACAGACUUUUAUAUUCUCCUUCGAUAUCCAACUGCUGUUCGCCCCUUCUACUCUAUGCCUUGCCCCGACGACCCCAGGUUUUCUAAUACCUUUGAUGUGUUUAUGAGGGGUGAAGAGAUUGCAUCGGGCGCUCAGCGGCUGCACGACGCUGAGUUGCUGAAGCAGUGCUGCAGCAAGAGAGGUAUCGAUGUGCAGCAGCUGCGCAGCUACAUCAAAGCCCUUGAGUUGGGGGCCCCACCGCAUGCAGGCAUGGGAGCGGGGCUAGAAAGAAUCGUCAUGCUUUACUUUGGUCUGGGCAACAUUCGCCGCGUCUCUCUCUUCCCCAGGGACCCCAAGCGCCUGUUUCCAUGA